AUGCUCUAAGGUGAUAUUCCAUCUGAAAUUUUACAAUAUUCUAUUCCUUGCAUUCAACUUAAGUCAUAAUCAGUUAGAUUGACUACAAAUAUGUAAAAAUGUGAGAUUGAUUGUUUGGCAUCUUAUGAACUCACAAUAGGGUUUUCAGAAUCAAAAGAUCAAUUAGUUGACCUUAACCAAACGAUGGAAUUCAUAUUAUAUGGUCGUCAAUAUGAUAUAAAAAAUAUUACAUUCCUUCCUUCCGAAAAAUAUCCUUAAAUAAUAAAAUUAGUAAAGUAAUAAUAUAUUUCGAAUGAAAAAUAAUCAAAUUUAUUGAAAUCAUAGAAACCAUUUAAAUCACCAUGUUCAUAUAUGACAAUGAAUGCUUUGUUGAAUUAAAGUUAGGAUGAUUGUCAAAAAAUUACUGUUUAAUUUUAAUUUGCAACAGAAAAAUUGGAAAGCACUCAUUAUGAAUAUGUAAAAUCCUUAGAGGAUUAAAUAGUUAUGAAGUUGUAAAUAAGUUAUAUAAUAUCAAAACCAAUAUCUGGUUUGAGGUUUAUAAGUAAUUUAGAUAAUAGAUUUUUAAUAACAGAGAAAGGAUUACAUAAUUCAAGGAAUUGGAUUCCAACUCCUUAUUAUAAAUAAUAAAGUAAAGAUAUAUUAUGUAUAUUUAGGAUAUCCUCCUUAUUGCCAUGAAGAAAAGGACUUAUUACAUUAUUCAAAGAUAAUAAUAGCAGUCACAUAGUCUUAUUAUGUCGUUGCAUCUGGAUAAUUAUAAGAGAUAAUUGAAAUAGAAGGAACUGAUUUAGUAGGAUAUGUUUUUAAUAUAAACGAAUACAUAAACCCAGAUGAUUUAGGUAUAUUCAUAGGAGAGUUUUAACAUCAUUAUGCAAAUCAUGACGAAUUUAGAUUAAAUAUAUUUCAUAUGAAUGAAAACAAGUCUUAUUUAUUUGAAUCUGAAACAGUUAGAAAAAUAUUUGAAUAAGUUGAUAGAUUUUGGUUUAGAGAUGCUUUACUUUAGAAAGCAAGAAAUAUAUUAUCAAUAGGAUCUGGAGUUGAGUUUUUUAGAUCUUUGAAUGUUAUGAUAUUACCAAAUGUUCAAAAACAUGGAUAUCUUUCAUUUUACCCUUUUCGAAAUAUAUUAGUAUUUGAUGAAUCAUAGCUUCCUGAAUUAUUACCUUGUAAACAUACUUAAGAUGAAUUCUAUAAGUGUUUACAUUUAUAAUUGAAUGCAUUAUCACUUAAAUUCUUCUUGGCUCCAUCUGUAAAUAUGUCAGAUAGAUGGAUAGAACUUGGAUUUGCAUUUUAAUCUACUUGGACAGAAGAUUAUGCAUAAUUACAUUAAAAAUUAUUAGAAUAAAUUAAAAAUGGUUAGGAUGUUAAAUUAGAUUAAACACAAUUUGAAUAAAGAUUUUUAUUAGAAUCAUUAGAAUAUUAAUUAAAAACUAGAAUGGUUAUUACUAUGUUAGCAAGAAUGACACAUUAACCAGAUGUUUUUAUUAAGGAAAUUUUAAAUAGAUUUUAUUAAGAUCUUAAAGGAAGUAUUCCUGCUCCUUUGAGUACUGAUAAGAUCUUUAUGAGUAUGAAAAAAGUGUUUUCAGUAUCUAAAGGUAAAUCUUUUUUAAAAAUGUUUAUUAAAUCUGCUGGAGCAUGGCAUUUUAAAGUUUCUUAUGAUUAUGAAAGAGAUCAUAAAUUAAAUUUGAAUAUUACUUAAUCUCCUCUUAUAGGGUAAUGGGUUCAUAUCUAUACUCAUAAUUACAUAUAAGGAGCUAAAGCACUUGAUAUUAAAUCAGAUAUCAUCUUUCAAUUUCUAUAAUUUUAAGAAAAACUCAAACAUACUUAAAAAUAGAUUUAAAAGGCUUUUAAGGAUUUUGAAGAAUAGUAAAAGGAAUAACCUUAUGAUUAAAGUAAAAAACCACAUUCAUCUUCUACAAUUAAAGAUUUUAGAAGAAGAGAUUAUUAAAUAUAAGCAAGUGGAUUAAUACCUGAAGAAUUGUCUAUGCCAUUACAUUUUUCAGGUUGGGUUCGUAUUUAAGUAUCAGAGACUAAUGAAUUAAAACUUGAAAUAGAGAAUACUGAAAUAAAAAUACCUCCAAAAUUAUGGACUAAAAUAGAUAUUAAUUGUACAUAAAAAUUAAAAAAAUAUAAUAUACCUAAAAGACAUUUAGAAAUUAAUGCUCAAGCUUAUAUUUAAGAUGAAUAAACUGGUAAGAUUGAAAUAGAAAAUGAUAAUAAUAAUUAAGUUAAAACACCUAUGAUUCAUGGAAUAUUAGGUGAGGCAGUUCUUAAAGCAGGAGUAAAUAUUAAUACUGGUAGAGAAUAGACAAUAAAAUAAUAUUCAGAAGAAAUCUAAAAAGAACCUCCUUAAUGGAUCAAAUGGGAUCCUGUUGGAUUAACUGUAAAAGAGGUUGAAUAUUAAAUUCAAAAAGAACUUGUUGUAAUGUGUUAAGUCUUGAAAGAAAAAGAUAUGAAUUAAAUAGCCUGUGUUUUAAGAAAUAUUAAAAAAUUAGAAAUUAGGGAAAGAGUUGUCAGAACUAUAGUUUUGAUUAUUGAAAACUCUUAUGCUCAUCUUGAUAGUAAUAUAAUAGUAUAAUUACUCUAAUUACUCAGAGAAAUGGUUAAUAAAAGUUCCAUUAAGAGAUUAGAAGAAAAUUGUGAUUUUGAAGAUAUGGCAGAAUUAUAAGCAUAUUUAAAAUUAGCUGAAAAAAUUACUUAUAGAUUUUUCUUUAAUUAAAAUGAUAACAGUUUAAAGUACUUAAAAUUUAAUAAUUUUGAUGAUUAUGAUGUAAUUAUAGCACUUUUUAAAAAUCUUCGAAGACUUAAUACAGCAUCAACUUUAGGAUUUCAUAAUGAAUUGAUUGCUUUAUUGGUAAGUAUUCUUUAAGGUUAUGAUAAUUCACAAAAUUAAUAUGAUUGUAGUUAUAUGAUUUCUAAACUUAUAAAAUUAUUAUUGUUUACAAAUUGCAAUUAAUCAAAAUUUUUAAUUAUGACAACAUUAAAACAUGAAUUAAAAAAAGUCAUAUUUUUGAAUACACCAAAAAAUUAUAUCUUAAAAACUAUAAUAAUUCAUUACAAAAGAUUUAUAGAUAUCAACUUUUCAGGAGAUAUUGAAAAGAAGAUUGAAGAGAUAUAUAAGAAAUAUGAUGAAGAAAUAUCUUCUAUAAUUAAACAUCAUUAAUAGAAUGUUUUGGUUAGAAUUGAUAAUGGCUAUUUAGAAAUAGCUUAUUAUAAAAAAUAUUUAUUAGAAUAAUAUGAGAAAUAUAAGAAAGAGCCUUAUCAUUUUAUUUUAGAUUAAUUAUAUUAUUUAAGUAAAAAGAGAGUAAAGAAUGGAUCGACUACAAUAUAUUUUAAUGUAUUACUUUAAGAAUUAUAAAUUUUUAUGACUAAAAACUAUUAAAGAUUUGCCCAUGAAUUAUCAAGGGCAGAUAUAAAUCCAGAAUUAGCAAAGACUUUAGCUCAUACAAAUUUUGAAUGUAUAAUAUCUGGUCCAUCACUUUUAAAUUAUAAUGUCUAAAGUAACUUUGCAUCAAUUUACAGAAUUUUAUUUUAUUAUUUUGCUCCUCUUCGAACUGAAGAAGUUCAUAAAGAUAUUAAGCAUUUAUUAUAUACUUUAACCAAUUUUAAACCUGAUUAAUAAUGGUCUUAAGCUCAUGUUACUUAAUUAUUAGAAGAAACAUAAGAAUUAACUAAAAGAACUUGUGGGUAAUAACCUAAGAAGAAUAGACCUCCAAAUAGAAUUACAAAUUAAGAUUUAAUUUAAUAAUUAGAAAGAUUUGCAAGGAAAUUUCCAAAUAAAUUAUCAGAAAGAGAAAUUACAAAGUAGAUUUUAAAACAUUUAGGAACUUUACCGUAGAUUAGGUAGCUUGAGGAAAAAGAAGGUAUUGAAUUAUCACCUUCUUCAAAAUAAAUUUAUAGAAUUGAUUAAGUUAGAGCUUCUAUGAAAAGAAAAAAUUAACCAAUGAAUACUAUUCUAGAUAAUGUCUUAUCAAUGUUUGAAUAUUAUUAUAGAAAACAAUAAUUGAGUAAAAUUGAAUUAGAAGAUUAUUGUUAAAUGGUUAGAAAAUUCUUUGAUGAUGGAAAGAAAGUCUUAGAAAAUUAUUCUAAAGCUAAUGUUGAUAAAAAACUAUAAAAGAUGGUUAUAAAAAGUACAUAAUUAGAAACCAAUUAAGCUAAAAAUAAUUAUGAUGAUAUGAUUGGAUGA